AGGAAUGGUAGGGGCUUCCGGUCUGAGCGUUUGAAUAUGUCGCGCCAGCUGAGAGCCCCUAGGUUUGACCCUCGUGCGGGAUUCCACACGGAGAGCAAGGACAGAGGUCCCUCUGUUCCCCAGGGCCUGCUGAAGGCAGCGAGGAGCAGCGGCCAACUCAACUUGGCGGGAAGGAACCUCGGGGAAGUCCCUCAAUGUGUUUGGAGAAUAAAUGUGGAUAUUCCUGAAGAAGCUAAUCAGAAUCUUUCAUUCAGUUCUACUGAACGAUGGUGGGAACAGACAGAUCUGACCAAACUCAUCAUCUCCAGCAAUAAACUUCAGUCUCUUUCUGAUGACCUCCGACUCUUGCCUGCACUUACUGUUCUUGAUAUACAUGAUAAUCAGCUGACAUCUCUUCCUUCAGCUAUAAGAGAGCUAGAAAAUCUUCAGAAACUUAAUGUCAGCCAUAACAAACUGAAAAUGCUGCCUGAAGAAAUUGCAAGCUUAAAAAACCUCAAGGCACUGCACCUCCAGCACAAUGAGCUGACUGCCAUACCUGAGGGAUUUGCACACCUUUCCAGCUUAGAAGAUUUAGAUCUGUCAAGCAAUCGUCUUGCAACUGUGCCUGCUGAUUUUGCUUUGCUGUCCCAUCUGCUGCGACUCAAUCUUUCCAGUAACCAGCUAAAGAAUUUACCAGCAGAAAUAAGCAGAAUGAAAAGAUUAAAGCAUUUGGAUUGUGAUGCCAAUCUCCUGGAGACUGUACCUCCUGAUGUGGGUAGCAUGGAAUCCCUGGAAUUGCUUUAUUUGCGGAGGAAUAAAUUACGUGUUCUACCUGAGUUUCCUUCUUGUAGGCAACUAAAGGAAUUGCACCUAGCUGAAAACCAGAUCGAAAAGUUAGGGGCAGAGCAUCUUCAGCACCUGCAGGCUAUCCUUGUGCUGGACCUAAGGGGCAACAAGCUGAAGUCUGUUCCUGAGGAAAUGGCCCUGCUGCAGUCUUUGGAAAGACUUGACCUGAGCAACAAUGAUAUUAGUAGUCUGCCCUGCUCGUUGGGAAAUCUUCAUUUGAAAUUCCUGGCACUAGAAGGAAAUCCUCUAAGAACCAUUCGAAGAGAAAUUAUAGCUAAAGGAACUCAAGAAGUCCUAAAAUACCUGCGCAGCAAGAUCAAAGAUGAUAGAACCAAUCAAAAUGAUUCUGUUCCUGAGACUGCCAUGACACUACCAAGUGAAGCCAGAGUCAAUAUCCAUUCCAUAGUCACACUAAAGCUGCUAGAUUAUAGUGAUAAACAAGCAACCUUGAUUCCUGAUGACUUAUUUGAUGCCACAAAAAAUACCCUCGUCACUUCCAUCAACUUCAGCAAAAAUCAGCUGUGUGAGAUUCCGCAAAGGAUUGUUGAGCUGAAGGAAGUGGUGUUGGAUGUCAACCUCAGUUUUAACAAGCUUUCGUUUAUAUCCCAUGAGUUAUGCUUGCUUCAGAAAUUAACAUUUUUAGAUUUAAGGAAUAAUUUUUUAAGUUCAUUGCCUGAAGAGCUGUCAUCAUUGACAAAACUGCAAACGAUCAAUCUUUCCUUUAACAGGUUCAGAGUGUUUCCUGCAGUUCUGUAUCACGUCUCCACACUGGAAGCAGUUCUGAUCAGCAACAAUCAGGUCGGCUCUGUGGACCCUCACAAGAUGAAGCUGAUGGAAAAUCUGAAUACGUUAGACCUUCAAAACAACGACCUUUUGCAGAUUCCCCCAGAGCUUGGGAACUGUGUGCAGCUACGGACACUACUGCUAGAUGGAAAUCCAUUCCGAGUUCCUCGAGCGGCCAUAUUAAUGAAAGGCACAGCUGCUGUGCUGGAGUAUUUGAGAGAUCGAAUCCCAGCCUGAAUACAGCUUGCUGACUCUGGAGAUGGUCACUGGGAUAGGACAGAGCCAGCCUCCAGUGACUGCUGUGUUCCAGGUGUCACUAGACAGUUACUGUUUGGGCUAUGUUCAUUCCUACUAAAUGUCUACAGCUUGUGAAAUGAUGUGAACAUUUAUAAUGUCAACUGCAACAGAUGUUAAAGGUUUCAUAAAUUCAUUCCCUUAUGGCACUGCAAGAACUUUUCAUAUGAGUUAAUAUUUUCUAAUGAUAAAGCAACCAUCUUUGUAGAUCUGGGUUUCUCCUGAUAUCUUUUUAUUUUCUAUAUAGUAUGAAUUGAGCAAGACUAUGGAAGGUAUAAAGUCAGCAAACUUUUACUAAAUAUUAUUCUUUGGCAUUUAAAAGAAAAGCUGACUUCUCAUUGUCUGGGAUAGGACUUGUUGUGUGGUUAGUGUCAGUUCAUGUUUAUGUUUAGGGUUUUGGUUUGACUUUAAAAAAAUUUUUUUUAAUGUUUUGAGUGUCCUUUAUUCCAAUGUGGUACAUCUUAUUUCCAAAACCUUGAUUCUGAAAUCUGCUUGUAGUCUACUGGUAGUUUUACAGUAACUUUCUAAAAAUGAGUUAGAUAUAGGCAAGCUUGAUUUAAUAAAAAUCCAAAUAUAAACAUUGUUGUUUACACUGAAAUUUUCAAAUGCAGCUUUUUCAGCUGUCCUGGUUCAUCAUGUGAUCGGGUCAAAAAUAGCCAGUUCAGUAGACACAUGCGGAGGGUAGAGGUAGAGAACUUAUAGGUGGUUGAGGUUAUUGAUCUUAGGAAAAGUCAGUGCUAAUAAAGAUACAUGUUCAUGUUCAUAAUAAAAGUUACAGUUUUCAGGUAUUGGUACAGUGUUUUUGUUUUAAAAAGAAACACAUCUUUACCAUGUCACAGUUUCUAAGCUUAGAAUCUGCUUCCGUAGUAAACCAGACAUCAUGUAAUAAGGUGACAUUUUAUUAUUUAUACAAUAGACUUUUAUGUUAUUCAAAACACUUUUAAAUUCUGAAAAAAUUGAGUACAACAGAACCUAAAAAUGGCUCUGCUAUACACCACACAGCGCUAUUAUCUGUACAAAGCGCAUCUGCAGAUGCUUCCAGACUACACCCUACCCUUAACCCAUAGUGUCAGAAUGUAAGACACAGCUGGAGAGUACAGAUCACAUUUGCAAAGUCACUGGCUUGGCAAAGUUGAAAUACAGGUUAGUGGGACUUUGCACAUAAAAUUAAACAGCUUUCAAGGUUGUUAUGGUCUCAUAUGGCAAAAAACCAUGAAGUACAUUCACAAUCUAAGUUAGUAAAGUAGUGAGUGUUUCUUCAUUCAGUUUUAUUUACAUCAAUAUGUAGUUUAACUAAAAAGUACUGUUAAUCAUGGUACAUUGUUUUUUUAACACAUACAAAAAUGACAAUUUUUAUAUAUAAUUUUAAGCUGAAAAUCACAAUUAUCUCAAAAUAUUAAUUACAAUACAGCCAGUUCAAUUAAACAUGUCAUGGUUUGAUUUUUUUAAUAUAAAAUGGUAAACUUUAUUAUUAAAGUAAGCAAUUUGUUUUGAAUUGGCUAGAGUAUACCCAAGUAGAAAAUCUAAAUGUGAUGUGUGAGGUGUUUGCUGCCCCUCCCACCCAGUUUGUAUACAGCCAUCUAGGCUAGCAAAGAGACAGAAAAGGCCCCAGUUUAUAAAUAUUGAGCCUCGUUUGCUAAACUGCCUUGGCUUCUUGGUUCUUCCAUAAAAGCUCUAAUACAAAGGGCUUAUCCAUAGACUGCAGUGAAACGCAUGCAAUAUAUACAGCGUGUAGAAUUCAGCUCACUGACACACAUCAGAAUAGACGGCAAAGGAUGGACAGAAGGAACACUCACCUGCCACCUGUCAUCAGCUACAUCGGAGAUUUAGGAACGAGGUCCCAGUUCUGAUUCUGAGGGAGGAUGACUAUGGUUACUGCAGAUAUGUUACCCAGGUACUACACUUAUGGUAGGGAAGCCAGAUCCCAUCAGAGAGUAUGGUCAAGAGAUCCAAAGCUGCAUCACCACUUAGGAAUUUCUCUUAUGACAUUUAUGAGAAUGAACUAUUUCAUUAACUCGCUAAUACAACCUCAGAAAUUUUUAUGUGUUUGACACAAAAACAUUUACAGAAUAGUGAAAUAGAUUCAUCUCUCAUAAAUUACUGAGGGCAAAAAAUCGUCAAUCUGAUAGUUUUGAAAGUGAAAAAUAAACUUAAUGAAUAUUUUUAAAAAA